AUGUCCGACGAUCGCUUCAAGGCCUUGAAGAGCGACCCACGUUAUCGUCUCCCGAGCAAGAAGGAAGCUCGUACAGCCGUCGAUCCACGAUUCAAGACCCUCUUCACCGAUCAGGAAUUCCGCAAAAAGGCAGCCGUUGAUCGAUACGGACGGAAGAUCAAGCCCGAGGCCAAUGCGAGGGAUUUAGAGAAACUUUACCGUCUGGACCAGAAUGAAGAAGACGAGGAUGUAGACGUGGAAGAGGAGGAAGAACAGAAGGUCAAGAAAGGCAAGAGGACUACAAAGGUCGUCAACUCUUCUGAUGAGGAAUCUUCGGUGGAGGAUGAGGACGAGGAGGAAGACGGUGAUGAUGAAGAGGAGACCGCCACACGCGAUCCCAUGYGCGAAGGGUUUUCUGGUUCGGAGAGUGAGGAGGAAGAGGAUUCCGACGACGAAGAAGAUGCAUUGAUGGAUGCUACGGCCGGGAUUGAACAGACGGAAGAGAUACCCAUGGGCGAAGUUUCUCGCCGGAUCGCCGCCGUCAACCUUGACUGGGACAACAUUCGAGCUGCCGAUCUACUGGCUGUAGCUGCCAGUUUUGCGCCUCCUGGUGGUAAGAUUGAGAAUGUGACCAUCUAUCCUAGUGAGUUUGGACGGGAGCGAUUGGAGAGAGAGGAGCUGGAAGGUCCACCAAGGGAGAUUUUCGCAUCUUCUGGAGCCGCGCAGAAGACCACCCAGGAGGACGACGAUGAUGACGAGGAGGAAAGUGCGGAAGAAAGUGACGAUUACGAAGAGACCAAGAAUCGCCUUCUUUCGGGGAACCAGGCGACCGAGGAAUCAGAAUUUGACACUGCGGCACUCCGUGCAUACCAGCUGGAACGUCUAAAGUACUAUUACGCUGUCAUCACUUGCUCAAAUCCACAGACCGCCAAGGCACUCUACGACGCAAUGGAUGGACGAGAAUAUCUCAGCUCAGCAAACUUCUUCGAUCUCCGAUUCAUCCCUGACGAGACGAGUUUCGAAGAGGAUGUCCCGAAGGAUGAAUGCAGUGUAUUGAACGCCGGCUACAGACCCAAUGAGUUUCGCACGGAAGCUCUCACACACUCCAAAGUGAGAUUGACAUGGGACGAUGAUGAUGCUACUCGGAAGGAAGUGCAGAAGAGGGCGUUCUCGAGAGCUGAGAUGGACGAGAAUGACAUGUUGGCCUACAUUGGGAGUGACGAGAGUGAUGCUUCUACCAAAUCUACCAAGUCUACAACCGGAAGAGGAAAGUUAGGCAGGAAAGAGGCGCAGCGACUGAAGAUGCGGGCUGCAUUGGGACUUGGUGAAGAAGAAGAUAAGGAGAAGGGAAGCAAGAAGAAAGGCGGCAAGGACGAGGAGCUGGGUGAGAUGCAAAUCACCUUCACUUCUGGCUUGACAAACGCUGGUGCAGAAUCUGCGACGUCAAAGAAGGGCGUGUUUGAGAAUGAGCCGCAGGAUGAAGCUAGCACUCGUGAGAGAUACAUCCGCAAAGAAAAGGAGAGGAAGCAGGCGAGAAAGGAGCGUGCCAAGGCCGCGAGAGCAGGUGGCGAGUCUAAAUCCGCCGAGGAGGAAGACGCUGGUCCUGCGGAUGAGGCGAAGGUCGACGAUGAGGAAGACCCAUUCGCAGAUCCUUUCUUCAAUGAUCCAGCUGCAGCUACGGCGGCCGCAACUGCUGCUGCACGCAAAGCUCACAAGGCGGAGAAGCGGGCAAAGAGGGCCGCUGCUGAUGCCGAGGCUGAGGGUAGAAGGGCGGAGCUGGAGCUGUUGAUGGCUGGAGAAGGCGACGGCGUCACGGAGCAUUUCGACAUGAGAGAGAUUGAGAAAGCGGAGAAAGAGGCAAGACGAAAAGGCAAGGGCAAGAAGAAGGGGAAGAAAGAUGAUGGCAAGGGCGAGACGGCACAAGCGGACUUUGAGAUUGAUGACAAGGAUGAACGUUUUGGCGCUGUCUUUGAUAGCCAUGAGUUUGCUAUUGAUCCGACGAAUCCGAGGUUCAAGAAGACGAAGGGUAUGGAGACUUUGUUGGAGGCGGGGAGGAAGAAGAGAAAGCAGGGUGGUGGUGAUGGUGAGGAGGAGGAGAAGGUGGAGAAGAGGAAGAAGAAGGCGAGGAAAGAGGGUGAGGGUGAGGAGGAGAACGUGCAAAAUCUGGUUGCCAGGUUGAAAAAGAGGUAG